AUGGCGUCGCAGCAGAGAGUGGACGUGCCACGAUAUGCCAGCGUGAGCGAACAGCUCCUGGAAAUGAGUCUCAAUAAACCGGCGCAGGGAAAGAUUGAUCGACAUGCUCUUGAGAAACGACUCGUAGAGUUGCAAGGGGACGUGUCGCGUCUGGUGUCCAAGUUGUCUACUCGAGCCAAGGAUGACUCAGCUGUUCACCAUGCAGCGGUGUCCAAACUGUCGAGUCGACUGAAGGAUGUCUCAUUCACAGAUGAAGAAGGCAGCGCAUCUCAUCCCUCCGGCAAGCUUACGAAGGCCCGGUCGCUAACCAUCACGUCCAAAACGAAGCAAACUCCACAGAAACACUCUACUACGUCCAAGUCCACGAUUCCAGGCAGCCGGAUGGGCAACCUAAUUCGACUCCAGAGUGAUUUGCAUGCUGCAAACGUCGCGAAUGACCAACUUCGCUUUGAUUUGGACCAGUUGCGUAAGACGGUCGAGUGCCACGCAACCAAGCUGCGCGAGUAUUCGGCGCUCCAAACGUCAUUCCAGCAGCUCAAAGCACACUGCGCAUCGCUCCAGCAAUCGCUAGACUUGUCCGAAACGAUUCGGCAUCGGCAGAAGAAGAUCAUCCAUGAUCUCAAAGCCCAGGCUACUUCCAAGUCUGGGCUGUCCAUCCACAACGACAACCAACUCGACGAUGCUGUCAACAACGUAGCCGUGUCGCCGACGCCCGGCGCGUGGUCCCGGUACAACUCGAUCACGGCAGUGGAUAUUCCAUCUCCAGUCAAAGGACAGAUCCACCCGCUGCCGCCGCCGAUUCCCGCUGUGGCCACGACCCGCCGCGUCAAGAAGAAGACUGCGAAGACAAAGAAGUCGGCGAAAGGACUCAAUACAUCGGCUAUCUCCCACUGCAAACCAGGAGAGCGUAGUUUUUUGGCGCCGACGCAAGCAAGCCAACAGCGCCUCGCGGACACGAAACAACUCCGACAACUCCAUCACAGACGAUAA